GCGCAUUUCUGAUGGAGAGUCGUGUUUUUGGGAUAGUUACUGCCACACAGUUCUGACUGGGAUUUCCUUGACGCAAGUCAAGGCAGUGUGCUAAGAGCUUCGAAAUGAACAUACUCCUCGGAAAUUGUGUGGGCAGCUGCGACCAGUUGGCGGGCCCGCCGCCGGACUUCAUCCUCUCGAUGCCGCCGCCACCGCUGCCGUCCUUCCUGAUCUCAAAGCCGGCGACCGUGGACAUCCUGCUGCCCUCCAAUGAGUCGCAGCCGUGCUUCGCCGCCUUCAUGUGUGGCCACGGGAUGCAGCACAACGAGAGCGGCAAUGCGCUGAUGGAGCUGGUCAGAAGCGACUCCAAGAGCCUGGAGAACAUGUGGCUCUUCGUCUCGUCCUGCAUCGGGAUCUUCGUGUUCGGCUGCUUCCUGGCCCUCAUCGUCAUCAGAUGUCGAGACUCCUUCUUUUCGUACCACGACACCAACAUCAAGCAGACGGCCAUCAACGCCCUGGGCGAGGCCACCAAGUCGAACGCCUUCACAUCCGGCGGCAUCCUCUAUCCCUGCGCCACGGCCAACAGCCGGGAUCUGCUCCAGAGCCAGCUGGUCAACGACAGCCGUCUGUUGUGGGCCACCCUAACGCCCCACGGCACCCGGCACUUCAUCAUCGAGAACUCGCAGGACGGGCACUACGAGUCGGUCGACUACCGCGGCAAGUCCCACGGCCAAGUCUUCCGCGGCUAUGAGAAGCACUCGCAGUCGUUUGUCAAGUCUUUCGACAACAAUGGCUUCGUUGACUACGACUACGAGGACCCCACGCCGUUGAUGGACUCUUACCAUGAUGAUAUGGACUCCGGCUACCAGGAGCCACAUGAGGUCACCGGAUCCCUGAAGCGGUCUGCGAUGCGGACCAUGGACUCGUCGACAAACGACACCCCGACCAGUGCCGGAUCGAACCACUCCAACCAGAACGGCCACUCCAAGUCCAUCAACCGCAAGACGACGCUCUCCCGGCGCAUCAGCGAUGCAUCCUCCCAGAACGGAACAUCCAUGUAAACGCAAUGUCAAUUGGGGAACACUUGAGUGGCGUCUUGUAAAUUACAAUCGGAGGCACUUGGGAGGACCCUCGGCGGUCAUGUCGUCCACCACACACUACAGAUGGUAAUGAUCACACGCUGAUAUUUUAGACUAUGUUAAGAGGUGAAGCACAUGCGUGGGUUGUUGCCUGGUCUCAUGAGGACACUUCUUGAUCGGAACUCUUGAUCGGAACUUUAAUCCCGGACCAGAGUCGUUACAUUUCACAACAAGGGACAAACUCGACCUAUAUGAAUUUUAAACUGUCAACUGUAAGCCAUAAGCCAUAAGCCAUAUAGACCCACGCACAUGCAAUUACGUUUUAAGCCUACUAUGGAUUACAUCCGCUAGUGUACUAUAUGCACACACAAUACUCGCGUCGCUAUUAAUUGCUUGUACUUGUACACACACUUAUUUUAUAAAUACCUUAACUAUACGCCAUACGGCAGAUAAUCUAACUAACCGCGCAAUUCGAUUUCGCCGAUCGGAAGGGCACACUAUUGUAUCUGCAUACGGACUAACCUUGGAAUUCGGAAUCCCUAUUCUCAAGCUGGGAACAAAGUGAACAAACAAACAUGCAUUUUGAAAAUACUCUGAACACGUAUCGCCUUCAGCGCUCGUUUAAUUGUAGCCAUAAGAACAAUAAAUAAAAUUCUCAGUAGUUAAUAAUCCUGCAGCCGCAUUACAUUAUC